AUGAAUCCCGCGUUAAGAAGCGUCCCCCGCGCGGCGCUGAGAGCUGCUCGCAGACCGUCAGGCGUCGCAGGCCAACGCCAUGCGCACUCAGCGUCGAGCUUCAGGUGGCAGGAUCCGCUGUAUGCAGAGAAUCUCUACACGGCUGAUGAGCUGGCGAUUCAAGAUACAGCCAGGCGUUACUGUCAAGAGCGGUUGAUGCCCAGGGUACUCGAUGCAUACCGUAACGAGGACUAUGACCCGGCUAUUCUCCGUGAGAUGGGCUCUCUGGGCCUGCUUGGUGCCACGAUAGACGGCUACGGCUGCGCGGGCGUGUCGACCGUCGCCUCGGGCCUGAUAACGAAGGAGGUUGAGCGAGUCGACUCUGGCUUCCGCAGCGGCAUGUCCGUCCAGUCCAGCCUGAUCAUGACGGGCAUCUACGAGUUCGGGUCAGAGGAGCUGAAGGAGAGGCUGCUCCCCCAGCUCGCGCAGGGCAAGCUGCUGGGCUGUUUUGGCUUGACGGAACCCAACCACGGAUCCGAUCCAGGGAGCAUGGAGACCACCGCCAAACCGCAUCCUACCAAGAAGGGCUACUACAGCCUCUCUGGCACAAAGACAUGGAUCACCAACUCGCCCAUCUCGGAUGCGUUCUUGGUCUGGGCCAAGCUGGACGGCAAGAUCAGAGGGUUUGUCAUUGAACGGGACCAGUGCCCACCCGGCACGCUGAGCACGCCCGCCAUCAAGAACAAGACCGCCCUGCGAGCCUCGAUCACUGGCAUGAUCCAGAUGGACAACUGCCCGGUUCCAGAAGCGAACAUGUUCCCCGAGGUCUCGGGCCUGGUGGGCCCGUUCACCUGUCUGAACAGCGCGAGACUUGGGAUCGCGUUUGGUACCAUGGGUGCGCUGGAGGACUGCAUCAGCCGGGCGAGAGAGUACGCCUUGGAACGGAAGCAGUUCAAGGGCAACCCGCUGGCAAAGUACCAGCUCGUGCAGAAGAAACUUGCGGAUGCGGCCACGGACGCGGCGUACGGCACCCUGGCGGCUGUGCAGGUUGCCCGUCUCAAGGACGAGGGCAAAGCAGUGCCGGAGAUGAUAUCCAUGAUCAAACGGCAGAACUGCGACAGAGCCUUGGCCGGCGCCAGGACGCUGCAGGAGAUAUUCGGAGGGAACGCUGCCAGCGACGAGUAUCAUAUUGGAAGACAUGUUGCCAACCUGUUUGUCGCCCAGACAUAUGAAGGCCAGAGCGAUAUCCAUAGCUUGAUCCUUGGGCGAGCCAUCACCGGCGUACAGGCGUUUGUAUAG